ACCGCGAGACCCGCCAUGCGACUAUACGCGCUUCUCCUGGUCGCCUCGGCCGCGCUGCACGCGCGCGCCGCCACCAUCCCCGAGACAGAGAAAAAACUUAUCGACAUCGUCCCCGAUAAUCUGGACAAACUACCAGAAAACACAUCGAGUGAACAGGAGCUAAUCGACCAGGCGAACACUAUCAAGGAUGUUGAAAACAAACUUCGGGUCAAACCUGAAGACAUCCCUGUAGAAGUCAUCGUGGAAGAUGCGCAGCCUGCCCUCAAAGCUGGCAACGAAGAAGAAGAAGAAUUAAACAGGCCAGAGCCCGACUUGCGUAACCCUGGCCCACCUCAACGUCAGGAACAUGAAACACAAAACCCCGAGUAUUAUGCAUCUGAACAGCAAACCAUUAUACUCUUCAGACAAAGCGUUAACGAGGCGCAGAAUGUUUUGAGACAAAAAUUCCAGGGCAUUGCUGAUAGUAUCCAAAAUAUGAUUGGAAACAACGAACCCAUUCAGACCUUACAACAGAAUAUCCUAUCUCUUCGUGAUGGCUUCUCUGCACAAAUGAACAAACUGAAUGCAACUAUUCAGAGUUAUUUAAACACUGAAACUGUCGACGCUGAUAAACCUGAUGUGGAACAAACUAAGGCAAGUUUCCAUCAAAUUGAAAAAGGUCUUUUCAAACUCAGAAAUGACUUCCAAAGUGGAAUGAACACCUUAGUUGAUGUGGUCGGGGUUUCCGGAAUGGGAAAAGCCGACAAUGAAGUAGCGAGUUCCGGCGCGACCGCCGUGUCUCCCACUCAAGCGCCUGCUGCAGGACCACUACAGAUUUUCCAGUACCUACAGAACAUGCAAACUGCUGUCACUAAUACGUUUAAGAAUAUCACAGACACGAUCACCCAAACUUGGAACCCCUCGACGACGGCUGCACCAGCGAUCAUAGGAGUACAAAGUGAUGCACAAGUGACGCCCGCAACCGCAACUUCUGCACCCAACAUUUGGCAAAAUUUGCAAAACCAAAUAAAUCAUUUCAUAUCUCCAAACCAAAACCAACAAAACCCCCUAUUCCCAGGUGCCGGUGGAAUUGGAGCGGUAUUCCAAAAUGGUAUUCAGAAUUUCAUAAACAUGCUCAGGCCUGAAAACCAGGCUCCUGCAGCGGUUGCUGGCCAGCCCGCAGUACAACCUAGUGAGUCUGCAAGCAAACCUAGUUCCGAAGCGCAAGCAGAGCCAGCAAAGCCUGUUCAAGCCGUGGAGCCAGCCGCGCAAGUUGCCGCCGUGACUCCUGCCCCCGGCCCCAUCCGCCAGAUGCUACAGAACAACCCCAUCACAAAGGGAAUAACCGGCGCCGUGCAGAGGCUGCAGAACAUCAACAAUCCUGAGAAGCCUAGAGAUAGCGAACAAGCUAAAGAUACAGCGGAAGACAAAGCCGACAGUGAAACACAAAAAGGACACGGCGGGCCAAAUAACGGGGAUAGUAACGACAGUAACGGGAGCCGGGUAGAGGAACCCAAACCGGUUCAAGGAGAACCCGAGAAGCUUCCAGAACCACAGAUGGAAAAACAAGAACACAUGAAAGAACACAAGACCGAGGAGGUCGCUGACAAGACUGAAUAAGUCAUUAGUGUGAUAUAAGCGUAGCAUUAUUUAUUUAUUAAGAUUUUAAUGUAAAUAAAAUAGAAAAUGGCGAGAAAUAAACAUCUCUCUGACUGA